AUGGACACAGACACAGGCAUGCACCAAAACCAACACAACAACCAACAAUUCAAAACCCUGCACCACAACCAAAACCAGCACAACAACCAACAGUUCAAAACCCUGCACAGCAACCAACAGUUCAAAAUCCAGCACCACAACCAAAACCAGCACAACAACCACCUCCACAACCAGCACAGCAACCAACAGUUCAAAACCCUGCACAGCAACCACAAACAGAGCAAAGACACAAAAGAAGUAGAGAACAAGGAAACCAAGAAUUCUUAA